AUGAGCGCCAGGCUGUGCGAUGAGCGGUGCAGCAGCUCCGCAGGAAGCGUUUCCAGGCUGAGCCUUUUCCAAGUGCACGUCAGCGAUGGCAUGAUCGUCACCCGCUCGUGCUCCGGCCGGCAUGACCUCCACCCCUUGCCGAUGUAUGAAGAUCCGCGCAUGGCCACGACAGAGCCCGACAUCCCGCUGCGCCCGGUCGGCUCCGACGACGAGGCCGAGACGGAGCGCGACGAGCUCGAUCUCCGUGCGCUCGUCCUCCUGGCGCUGCAGCAGGCGAGCAGUUCGUUCAGCUUCCGCACUGCCGAGUUCGCCUACCCGCUCUACUUUGUCGCCCUCUACCCAGACUCGCUCCUGCCGGCGUCGCUGUAUGGCUUUGUGACGACGGCCGCCGCCAUCGUGCUCAGCAGCACCGUCGGCCACCUCGUCGACCGCUUUGCCACGCACCGGCUCGCGCUCGUGCGGUGCUUUGUGCUUGCGCAAAAGGCUUUUGUGUGCGGCACCUAUGCCCUCUUUCUCCCCCUCUUCCGCCACUGGCACAAGCAGCAUCAAGAUGCCGCCUUCUGGCCGCUCUUUGUUGCCAUCACCGCGCUGGGCUGCGCGCUGAUCCUUGCCAACGUCGGCGUCUCCGUCGUCACUGAGCGCGACUGGAUCACGAGCAUCGCCGAGGGCUCUCCGCGCCGCCUGACGCGGCUGAACGCGAUCAUGCGCCGCAUCGACCUCCUCUCCAAGCUGCUUGCGCCCCUCUUUGUCUCGCUGCUCACGAGCCAGAUCGGCUACCCGCUUUCGUGCGUCGUCCUGCUCGCGACGAGUGCGGCCACCACGCUGUUCGAGUUCUUUUCCCUCGGCGUCGUCUUCCGCCGGUUUGCCGUGCUGGCGCUCGAGCAGCAGCGCGCGCGCGAACAGCGUCCGUCGGCGCCUGCGCGAGCUCCCUUCUCGGUCAAGUCGGUACGGCGAUGGCUCGCCGCCCAGUACCACGACUGGCGCACCUUUUCCGCGAUGCCCGUCUUCAUCAGCUCCCUCUCCAUCUCGCUGCUGUACAUGUCCGUGCUCAGCUUCGACGCCAGCUUUGUCGCGUACCUCAAGAGCGAGACGACGUACUCGGACCCGUUCAUUGCCGGCAUGCGUGGCGCGUGCGUCGUUGCCGGCCUCGUGGGCACCUUUGUCUCGCCGCUGCUCACGCAGCGCAUCGGCCUCGUGCGCACGGGCUCCUGGUCGCUCUGGAUGGAGCUGCUGCCGCUCACGCCGGUCCUGGCUGCCUUUUACUGCGGCACGGCGUCGCCCUCGCGGCCGUGGUGGAACGGGCUGAUGCUCUUUGGCGGCCUUGCCCUCUCGCGCAUCGGCCUCUGGUCCUUUGACCUUGCCCAGCUCGCGCAGGUGCAGCUGGCGCUUGCCGGGCUUCCCCAGCGCAAGAAUGCGCUCAUGGCGCUCCAGUUCUCGCUCCAGAGCAUCCUCGACAUGGCGCACCACGCCCUCACGCUCGGCUGGAACAAGCCCGCGCAGUUUGCCAACGCCGCCGCCACGUCCUACGCGGCCAUUGCGCUUGCGACGUUUCUCUAUGUUGGUCUCUAUGCGCGCCGCGAGCGCGGGCACCUGCUCCACCUCGACGCCCUCGCCGCCUCGCUCCUGCGGCAGCGGAAGCCCGCCUAG